GUGGUUUGAAAGGAAAGGAGAGUAUUUCGUUUUUUCUUUUCUUUCUUCACAAGAAGAAGAAGAAGAAGAAGUAGAAAAAAGAGCUCUCUCUCUCUCUCUCUCUCUCUCUCUCACUCACUCGCUUUCUCUCUCUAACUCUCUAAUUUCUCUCUCAUAAUUUUGGGAUUUGAUGGCAAAUAGAGAAAUUUUGCCAGUGGAAUUUGGUACAUUUUCGAGUUGUUGAGAAGAUAUUGAGGCUUGAUUUGUGAAAGGUUUGGUGCAGCUUGUUGGAUUUUGGAAGGAUAUAUAAUAGGUGCAAUUCUUGGAGAUUUGAGAUCGGCUUCCUGGUGAAAAGGAUCGGGAACGUAUAUAGAGACCUCAAUUUGAAACUUCGAUUUGUUCCUUUUUCUCUGCUAAAUAGCUAUAUGUGAGGGUUCGAAGAUCAGCUGAAAGUUGCUGUGAAUUUAACGUGUUGUUCUAGCGUACAUGGUAUCAAUUCAUCUGUCCUGAAGUUCCUUUUGAAGGAUAGUAAUCAGAGUAGAUAAGAUUGAGCGGAUUUUGUUUCACUGAUUUAUUAGAUUUUGGAAGGGAAAAGUGAGGUAAAGUUUUCUCUGUGGAAGAGUUGUUGAUCGCGGUGGAAGAGAAUUAGAGGUUUUGCAGGUGUGCAGAGAGGGAGAUGGAGAGGAACAACACUCACUCCAGCAAUAGAGAUGGGCUGUUGUUGAGAUCCGAAUCCAGGUCAGCCGCUACGUCUUCGUCUGACUUCGUGUUACAGUGGGGGAACCGGAAAAGGCUACGCUGCAUGAAGGUCCAGGUGAAGGACCAUAGUAAUAACAUCAAUAACGGGUCCGGGCCGGCUCAGCGGGCAACGGCCCGGAUCGAUAGGCGGGUGGUCAGGUCGGAUCUCAAUAAUAAUAGUAGUAAGGAUCCGAAUUCAAAUCAGCUGACCAGCAAUAAUGCUGGUAAGGGUAACGGCGUUAAUAACGGAUAUUUGAAUCUCCGUCAGCGUCCGGCUUCUCCCUCUCAUCGUAUCUUGAGGAAUUCAGAGAGUUCACUUGGUAUGCGGGGACAUAGCAACGGCGUAAGGGGAUUGGCAUCCCCAGAUAGAGGUGAUAAGAGAAGUGGUGCAGCUGGCAACAAUAAUAGUAGCCACCACACUAGUAACAAGAACAACAACAAUAAUGGUAGCAAUCAUAAUGACAACCACUACCACCACCACGGCGGCGGCGGAGGAGGUGGUGGUUCUGGGUCAUCGGAGACAGCCCAUGAUGGGAAAAAAGGUGGGUCCUCCGGCGGUGAUACAAUCGCCGCCAUGUGGCCUCCAAAGUUCGUGAUCGCCUUGACAAAUAAGGAGAAAGAAGAGGAUUUCUUGGCAAUUAAAGGGUCCAAGCUCCCUCAGAGACCAAAGAAGCGAGCCAAGUUUAUCCAGCGCACGCUCAACUUGGUGAGUCCUGGUGCCUGGUUAUGCGAUUUGACCCUGGAACGGUACGAGGUCAGGGAGAAGAAAGUUUCCAAGAAGAGACCUAGAGGGUUGAAGGCUAUGGGAAACAUGGACUCAGAAUCAGAGUAGCGAAAUGUUAGGAGAUAACCAGUGUCCAUAUAUAGAAAUAGUGAAGAAAUUUAUGUCAGUUGAAAAUUGAGGUCGUGAGAAUAUUUCUCGUCUGCUUCUCCUUUUUGCGGAUUUUAACCAUCUGGGGCUGAAAUUCAUACGGUUUAAUAUAAUCGGUCUGUCUUUGUUUUUUAGCAUAUAUUAGUCAUCCAUCUUCAAUAAUUACAUUAAA